AUGGCCAUCAAGCACAACCAGCAGAUCCAGAAGAACCAUUUCCACAAGGACUGGCAACGCUACGUCCGCGUGCACUUCGACCAGCCUGGCAAGAAGAAGUCCAGACGCAACGCUCGUGUUGCCAAGGCCGCAAAGGUCGCUCCUCGCCCCGUCGACCUCCUCCGCCCCGUUGUGCGAUGCCCUACCGUCAAGUACAACCGCCGCGUCAGGCCCGGCCGUGGUUUCUCGCUCGUUGAGCUGAAGGCUGCUGGCAUCCCCCGCAAGUUCGCCCGCACCAUCGGUAUCUCCGUCGACCCUCGCCGCCAGAACCUCUCCGAGGAGUCCCUCAAGGCCAACGUCGAGCGCCUCCAGGAGUACCGCAAGCGCCUCAUCCUGUUCCCCCGCCGCAACGGCAAGACCAAGCAGGGUGACGCCUCCGCCGAGGACGUCAAGGCCGCCAAGUCUGGCGAGAACGUCGUCCGCAGCAACAUCCUGCCCAUCAAGAACACUCCCGUCUUCGAGGAGGGCGCCAUUGGCGACUACAAGGGCGAGGAGAACGCCUACAGGAAGCUCCGCGACGCCCGCUCCGAGGCCCGCCUCGUCGGCAAGCGCGCUGCUCGCGCCGCGGCCAAGGCCGAGGAGGAGGAGAACAAGAAGAAAUAA